UGUGACCGCCGACCGUGCUUACAGACAGUGUUCUUGGAUGUAGCCUUGGCCUAACUUCUGUAUGAAAUCCCAUACUCUUGUUUAAUUCAAUUACACGUUGUCCUGGUGGUUGCCAAUAAGAUCAGCAUGCGCUGUAACAUGAGAUGCUGGCCAAUGUUUUUGCCUGCUAGUUUGCCCUCUAUUGCUAUCAAGUUAGUACAACAUCACAGCAAACCUUGAGUAAAGGAUACCAAAAUAGAUGUUAUUAAAACUAAUAUGGUUGUUGUGACGGUCAUGCAGUGGACCUGUAGUCCCAAGUAGGAUCAGUGUUAAAAUGCAACACUCUUUGAAAGGCGUGACCAAUGAACACGCCCAAGCACAUUAAUGCCAAGUUCAAUACAACUGGAAUUCCAAGUCGGGAACUCUGCCUCUUUCUAGAGCUCUCACUUUCCUACCUGAAGAUCACUGACCUCAUUAUUUGACCUCAGAGUUCCCAGUUGUUUUGAAAGCCCCAUUCAGUGUGCUUGAGACUUUUAAAAGAAAUUAACCAUUGUUCUUUACUGACUUGCCUAGUAAAAUAAUUUCUUAUUUACAAUGACGGCCUACAAAACCCGGAUGACGGGAUGGGGAUGACGCCCUAUAGGAUCCCAAUCACAGCCGGUUGUGAUGCAGCCAGGAAUCGAACCAGGGUGUCUGUAGUGACGCCUCUAGCACUGAGAUGCAGUGCCUUAGACAGCUGCGCCAUUCGGGAGCCCCAGUCUACAGACAACUGACUAGCGGUUGACCGAUUUAAUCGGCAUGGCCGAUUUUCAAGUUUCCAUAACAAUCGGUAAUCAGCCUUUUUGGACGCCGAUUACAUUGCAAUCCACGAGGAGACUGUGUUAGACUGACCACCAAUAGACUGACCACCAAUCCACGAGGAGACUGCGUGUUAGACUGACCACCUGUUACGUGAGUGCAGCAUCAAAGGGACCUUGUGGCUGCAAGGAGCCAAGUUGCUAAGGAUGCCAGUCUUGGAGGAACAUAUGAAGGAGCAGAGCCCAUGGGUCUACUGUGGAGUAUGCAGCCUGUUCCAGGCAGUCGGACAGGCCUCAGGUUGAGAAAGAUGGAUGUCCUAUCUCCUAUGGUUGUACACAUCUCUGUGUACAGUGGGCACAUGACUGAGGGCUUCAGCAAGCAGUCUCCUCUAGCGACCGUUGUCACAGAACGAUGGUACAUGGCACCGGAUGUGUGCAGAAUUGACAUCAGGGAACAUGGAGUCCGAGGGACCCUCUUUUUACCCCCAGGUCCUGGACCCUUCCCUGGGGUGUUGGAUAUGUGGGGAGGGGGUGGGGGGCUGGUGGAGUACCGCUCCUGCCUCCUGGCGUCACACGGUUUUGUUUCCAUGGCGCUAGAGUACCUUCCCCAUGACAAGAACAGAACCUCAGACAUCGAAUCAAAAACCUACUUUGAGAAAGCGUUCAGGAUUGUGCAGGAGCACCCCCUGGUGAUAAAGGACAGAGUUGCUCUGUUUGGUCUCUCCUUAGGCGCGUCAGUCGCCCUCAACUUGGCAGCCUACUCCAAAGACAUCAGCCCCAAAUGCUGUGUGUGUAUCAGUGGGAGUCACGUCAUCCCUGUCAACAAGGCUAUCGGCGAGGUGUUUAGAAAGAUGAACAAGGAUGGGUAUAAGACCCGAUUUGAUGAAGAGGGCCGUGUGGUCUGGAGAGACAUCAUUCUGCCCAUCCCAACCGACCUUGGAGAGAAAGUGGAUAUGGGGAGGAUAAAGUGUCCAUUGAUGUUGGUCGUCGGGGAGGAUGAUCAGAACUGGGCCACAGUGGAGUCUGCCAAGGACAUGACCCAGAUGAUGCGUGCAGCGGGUAACGAGCACCUGCUGACCAUUCUACAAUACCCUGAUGCUGGACACCUCAUUGAGCCGCCCUACACACCCCACUUCAGAGCCAGCAACUUCAUAAUGCAGCAAACACGACAGAAAGUGAUCAUGUUAUGGGGAGGGUACACCAAGCCGCAUGCCGAUGCUCAGGAAGACUGUUGGGAGAAGAUCCUUAGCUUCCUACGGCAACACCUCUACCCCAGCCCUGACUCUGUGCCUAAGGCCAAGCUGUGAUGUCACAGCCAAAGAGCAUCAAGGACCUAGUAUGAUUGACUAAGCUAUAACUUUAAAAGAAAAAUACAUUAACACUUUAUAUUUUAAGUCUAAUUAUUUUGGUGGGUGGGAGGGUUCUUCUAAGCUAAUAAUUAUACAUAACAUCAUUAUUUUUGAGAGACAGAGUGGUAUCGAGAAUCCUAACGACCAAGUGAAGGAUCUUAUAGUGUGUGACCCCUGUCUUGCCAUGUCAUUUAGUGAGCGCACCACUACGUUGUCAAGAUUUAAAAACGUCAGGAAAGAUAGUCGUUUAAUGUCGUUUACAGGCUCAGCGAUAGGAUUUGGAAAUUUGUGUGGUGUACACUUGGUUUUAGCUAUUUUUUAUUUUUAUUACUUAAAAUAUUGAAUUUGGUCUUUACUACUAUAGCCCAUAGAAACGCAUUGAAUAUGACACAUUCAUAAAUGGCAAAAAAAGACAGUCCAAAAAUGUAUCAAUAAGGAAUAAGAUUUUUUGUGAGAAGACCAAUUUUUUUUAGAUGUCUCGGUCUGACAAACACCACUGUAGCUCAGUCACCUUCCACCUCAGAUGUGGAAUGUCGACAUAGGCGUGUAGAAUGGUAUUGUAGAAUGGUCAGCAGGUGCUCGUUACCCGCUGCACGCAUCAUCUGGGUCAUCUGUGGUGGAUUGAGACACAGCCCAAGGAAAAAAAACAGAUAUUUAUCUUAAACUGACAGUAUUUUGGGUGCAUCAAUAUACUCUUAAGGAUGAAUAUUUAUGAAAUCAGUGAGAGUCAUCAGACCAGUGGAAACAGCUGUACAACAUAAAUUGAGGGCUGAUGAGUGUCCACAGUAGUGGGUCAGAGUCUCUCAUUCACUGAACUGUAUGAGUUUCAACCUGCCAAUAGUGUUAACACCUGUGCCUGAAACCUAACUGCCAUAGCACACAGAUGAUUGAUUCUAUUUUUUGAUUCAUGAGGAAAUGUAUUGUCUAUGAUGAUUAUAAUAAAUCGGAGGAGAAUGAACAAUAUGUUGUUAUUGAGAGCUA